AUGCCGGUUCGCGGGCGAGAGCGGAAACGACGGCGACGCCAUUCCGACAGCGAGGAUGAGGACAGCAUUUUCACAGGAUGGAAACUCGGCCUAGUAGUGGGAGUAAUUGUCGUCUGCUUCGCAAUGCUCUAUCCAACACUUAUUCAUCCUAUGCUCAUGAAUCUUAUAGGUAAGAAUGCCGGUUCGCGGCGAGAGCGGAAACGACGGCGACGCCAUUCCGACAGCGAGGAUGAGGACAGCAUUUUCACAGGAUGGAAACUCGGCCUAGUAGUGGGAGUAAUUGUCGUCUGCUUCGCAAUGCUCUAUCCAACGCUUAUUCAUCCUAUGCUCAUGAAUCUCAUAGGUAAGGUAUUAUUUAAAACAGUGUUAUAA